CCGUAUCCUACAGGAGUCGCGCACGGCGGCAGAAGAGUCGUCGGGUUCGUCCCAGAUGUGCGAUCCGAAAAGUUCCCGUGGAGUGCUAGUCAGUAUACCUAGAGCUCGUGUUCGUCAGACAUCACAUCAGGUCCGAGCAGGAGUGCAGAAUCUCUCCCCGGGUUGAAGAAUUGUGACAAUUAAGGGAAAACACUGAAGACGCGAUUGUUUUUCUUCACUAUUGGAAGAACCGAAUUUUAUAUUUCAUUGAUUGUGAGAUUCCCCAAAGACGUCGCAUCAAGAAGUCAACAAAAGGAUCCAGUGAUCAUCGAUAGACGACCGUAUAUAAUUUUCUACGAAAGCGAGUCUGACAGGAGUUGGAUGAUUUUAAUGUUCUUCCCGAAACAGCUGAUGAAACAACUCUAAGAUGUGCACGAUUUUAAGAAACGUUGCCGUCGGUCGCGAUUGUGGCAUACAAUUGAUUUGUUAAUUAUAAAACCAGUCUAGUCUUCGCAAGAUAGUAUUGCGAUAAAUAGAAUUAUUUUUCGGAAUAUACUUACUAUAGAAAAUUAUCAUAAAACUUCAAGAUAUCUUUUAACUCUCAACACCACCUUCAGCAGUGAAUGUGAAUUUAAAACUUGGAGAACAGAUUUAUUUAAUUAAAAAAUAGUUUUUAACAGCGGUUUUUAUCUAAAGAGACGAUCAUGUAUAAUCAUUUCCGAGCCUUCAACGACAAAUAUAUUUAGGAAAUAUCUGAAAUAUUUGGAACCGAAAAUCUACAAACAUAUUUAUGUUUGAAAUCCUUGAGGAGAAGGUCACCAACAGAAUGUUACACGCAGAAAGUUAUCUUACCCACGUAAGAUAGACAGGAUCUAUCUAAGAAAUGUUGUGAUGUAUAUGUGAGAAAAACAAUUAGAAAUCAAACGCAGCGAUACCGGAAGAGAACGACUCAUGGAGAUGUCGUCCAAGACUUUACAUAACGAGCACAUUAAGCGACCUAUGAACGCCUUUAUGGUAUGGUCGCGUGGUCAACGACGUAAAAUGGCACAGGAAAACCCAAAGAUGCACAAUUCGGAGAUCUCGAAGAGACUCGGCGCCGAGUGGAAACUCUUAACCGAGAGCGAAAAACGUCCUUUUAUUGACGAGGCAAAAAGAUUAAGAGCUCUUCACAUGAAAGAGCACCCCGACUACAAGUAUCGGCCGCGUCGGAAGCCAAAGUCCCUGGUGAAGAAGGAGAACAAGUUCGGCUUCACGAUAACCCCGUUGAUAUCGCCCGGCGACGGCCUGUCGAGUCUACCACGUGGUCUUCUGCCACCUCUGGCGCCGCCCGCGCAUCACUCGUUGAUGUCGCACGAGGACUUGAAGAUCCCGCGUUUCUUCCCGCCGUUUCCCUACCCGCUCUAUCCGCUGCAGCACAAACUGGGCGAUGACUUGAACGGCGGCAAACUGGCCGCCGAUCUGGCUCUUCAGGCUCUCUACACCGGCGGCACCUUCUAUCCAAGCCAUCAGACAAUAGCGUCCUGGCCGACGGGUCUGUCGGCGGCCGCUUGCCUGCAACCCAACUGCAGUUGUCCAAGUCCGCCGAAGGAGCCGAAGAGGCCGUUUCCGUCGUCCAAGAUGGACGAUCCACCUUUUCCGAGCCCGGCCAGGGCUGACGAUGACACCGUUAUCGCGGAACGAGAAGAACCCAGGUACAGCCUGGAAAGGCGUCACCAUCAUCACCAUCAGCAUCUUCAUCAGGAGGAUCGCUCCCAGGAUCGCUUCUCCUCGUCCUCGUCCUCUUCUCCGCCCACGGAGCAGCCGGAAAAAUCCUCGACGACGACGACGACGACGACGUCUUCUACGUCGGUCAACAGAAUCGACAACGCUCCGUUCUCCGUUCAGAGUCUAACGUCGAGCAGUUCGAAUUCGGGCUCGCAGCGCGGACACAUCAUAUGAAGACCGCUUCCGGUUCUCCCGGAUCUCAACUUCCGGGGGAACCUGGUGCCGGCCACGUGGCCGGCCGCUGAUUGGUGGAGAGUGGCUCCGAUGCUCUCGCCGAUUCCCCAGACGACGGUCGCGAAUCUGAGCACCGGCGUCAUCAAGGAGGACGUCGGCCACUUCCAGGACGAGCAGAGGAACGCGACGAUCGUGUCGAGAUCGCCGAGAAGUGGCGUCCACAUCGCCAACGUGCAAUGAUUCAUUUGCAAUAAUGAUCGAGGUGGCGGAGGACGCUUUCAAUCUUCGGUAUCUUUCUAUGUUUCAUACGUCCCGUUGAGCCAUCUUCAAAUCAAAGAACUAUUCAAACCAGUUUCGUUUUAUAUAACUUCGGACACAUCUCUCGUAGUCUACAACUAGUGAAAAUAAUUGUGUAUAAUUGAAGUGCUCUCCAAAAAAAAAAAAAUAUAUAUAUAUAUAUAUAUAUAUAUAUAGAUCGAUCGCGUCUAAAUAAGUUCGCGAAAUAACUUGCGCCGGAAGCGCAUUCUGGCGAACGAGAGACUGGAAUCGAUAACUCGCUACGGCCCCGAAAUCCCACAAAGGACGACCGCAAAGGGUCCCUUCGACCGGAUCGUGCACGCGAAGCUGGAUACUAGAGGAGUCCAAUUUUGAUGAGAUAACCAACCCUCUCUCGCAUGCACCACAUAUUACGAGGAAGGGGAAGAAGAGAGUUGGGGGAUGGACACGGAAGGAGAGAAGAAAAAAAGCUCUUCUGGCGGAGGCAAAUCUCUUCUUUGGGACGCGGCCGUGCGAAAUAAGCCAAACGUUCUGAAUGCUAACGUACGAGACGCAACGUACCCCCGACGACGCGACGCCCCGGUUUUCGUUGUAUUCGAAACGGUUUUCGCGACGAGAAAAGCAUCGAUACGAGCCGAAAUGGGAGACGCGUGGCUGACUAUGGCUGGUUGGCUGCGAGCACAGUAGCUGAGAAUUCUUUUCUAAUACACGGGAAAGAAGCCGGAAAGACAUUUCCCCGAAGGGUUGUCAAAAUAUAUCUCGUUCUAUUUCACGAAAGAUUGAUUUCGUCAAUAUUAUAUAUAUAUAGUCAGAUUGUUGUCUUGCCUGAACAGAAUGAUUUUAUUCGAUUGAAUUUUUUCAAUUUUGUAGAACGUUGUUUAAAAUGUUGUUUAUUUGUUUAACGACUCGUUUGUUGAUUCAUUUAAUAUUUCGAUAAUGAAUUGAAAAGACUAUGAUAUAUAUAAAAAGAAUUAAUAAGAGCCAGUAAAGUGUUUUUCUCUAAUUAUUUCGUAUAGUUGUAAAGAGGAAUACGAUUAUAGAGGAGAAAUAAUUAAGAGAGAAAUUAAAAACAUGUUUAUUUCGUGGAACAUCUGCUAAUUUCUGGCUAUUAUAAAUUCUUUUUAUAUCUAAUUUUUCGACAAUUCGAUUGACAUAGAAAUUAAUGCACAUUGGAAUAUUAGAUACGCACGAUCUCGUUUUCUUAUAUUAAUGACGAUUCUAUUGUUGACUGUUGAGGGUGAGUUGUAAUUAUCGCUCAUUCGUCGAGAGAAAUCCGUCGAUUGCACCUUCUUGUAUAAUAGAAAUUCCCCGCUAAUUAUCUUUAACGACCGUAGCGAGCACGAAUUUUGCAUUAGCAUGUAACCCUAAAAAAACGGGAGUAAGAAUGCAAGUAAACGUAAACCAUAUCUAUAAAAAAGCAUGUAGAAACAUAUCUCUUCCGUCUCUCUUUCUUCUCAUUUUCUUUUUCUCACGCAAAAUUUUACAAGCACAUAUUGACGCUUCGAUUAAUUUGGAUUAAUCUAACGCGGAUGUGCGUUACAUUAAUCAUCGCCUCGACGAUUACGAUACUAUUGUUAAUUAUUGCUGUAAUAUAUAAUGCAACGUUUGUAAAUAAAUCUUGAUCCGAAUUGAAAAAUACUUUACGUGCGCCCCCCUUAACCCCCCCUUAAUUUCCUCGCUUCUCUCAAGAGAUCAUUUAUUAAUAUAUGUAGUAAAAAAAUUUUUUAUACAAUUGUAAUUAUUUUUGCAUAAUUCGUUAUCAAACCCCUUCCGCCCCCCCUUGACCCCCCAUCAUUUCCUCGCUUCUCUCAAGAGAUCAUUUAUUAAUAUAUGUAGUAAAAAAAUU